GUGUGAAUAGAAACCCCAUCAAAGCCCCACCUGCUCUGUUCACACGUCGCACUUGGAAAGUAAGUGGUGACUAGCGAAUGAGGACUGGUAAGUUACGAAUGGUGAGUUUGAGUGCUUGUAAAGGAGCGCGUUACCAGUGUCGUGACUCGUGCGUCGUCUCCGCUCUUGAUCUGCGCUCUGUUUCGGAAAACCUGAGAGAGUAUCGUUGUGCGGAGGAGGAGGAGGAGGAGUGAGUAGUUUGGGUUUGAUUGGAAGGGAUUGUGUAAUAGUUUCGCACAAUCAGGUGGGGGAGGAAUUGAGAGGUUUUGGGGAGGAAUGGCAACACAAACGGGAGGAGGGGAUUUGCAGACGACGAAGGUGGAGGAGUUGCAACUGAGUCACUCGGGGCCGGAGUCCCUGGGGAAGGCCAUCGAGCUGUUGACGGAGUUCGGGUUGCCGGAUGGGUUGUUGCCGAUGCAGGACGUAGUGGAGUGCGGGUACAACAAACAGACGGGGUACGUGUGGGUGACGCAGAAGAAGCCUAUAGUGCAUACGUUCAAGCAAAUCUCGAAGCAGGUGAGUUACAGCGACAAGAUCACGGCGUAUUUGGAGAAAGGGAGGCUGCGGAAGCUCACGGGCGUGAAGGCCAAGGAGCUUCUUUGGGUGUCCAUUGUGGACAUCGCUGUGGACGAAAACGAUGAGGAGAAAAUCUUCUUCAAGAGUUUCACCGGCAUUGGGAAGACGUUCCCCGUAAAAGCCUUCGCCCGGGGAGCGUGAGCUUGUCUUGACCCUCGCCGGCGCCUAGAUUCUUCCAAGAACCAGUUAGUCGUAAUUCAAGCCCCUGCCUCAGCGGCCCAUUAAAUCUCCUCUCCCCAAUGUUCAUAUCCACUCCGCGGGCCAUUUGACUCUCCAACCAGCGCAUCAUCUACGCCGCCCUCUCUAUGCAGAUAGCCUUGGACAUGCGAUUCGUCUCAUGUUUGUGCUAGUCCGUUUUUUUGUUGUAAAUUGCUUUACCGUAGCGCCUGAUUCUCGCACAAGGUCAGUUCAUCUGUGAAAGCACUGUCCGCUACGGCAAUGCCCAGUGGGGACAUGAUUCUUGAUGAACGUUUCCCUCAUUCAUAAUUUAUACGAAGGAAAAGCUACAUGAAUGUGUUUGUAGCUUACUCGUGUUCCAAACGCCAUGCUUCCUCUCGUGAUCGUUCCGCCUCUUCUUCCAAAAUGUUCAUCGAUUGUAUCUGUCUCUACGUCGAGAUUAUUGCCAGGGGAGGUGUUGUUGAGUAAUCCUAAUCAUGCGAACCCAUUCACGUCCUGUGACAAUUUCUGUCCCCCGUGACAUGAUUGUAGCCGCUGACCCGUGCGAUGAGUCAGUUGCAGCACUGCAAUCGCGUGGUGCGACGAGUCGUUGAAGAGGUCGGUGCUGUCUCGCACGCCGCAAAUGAACGUUGAUGCCGUUCAUGCAAAGCUUCGGUCAUUGAUUUUCUGGGCGAUGUUUCCCACGCAUACAUGUCGACGCGGCGAACUUCUUCGUUGCGCCAGACUCAAGGUUCGAGGUUGAGCUUUCAUGGGGAUAUUAGAGUAUUUUUCUUAUUAUUUUCUUCUUCUACUUCAAUGAAUGGAGGUUUCAAAGUACUCUUUGCAGCAUAGAUGUCUACAAGUGUUGGUUGUGAAAGUACUGUUUGUGGUGUUUUUGUCUGCACCUCAAUCGCUCUCCAGCCCUAUUUUUUUUUAAUAAUUUAUGGUGAUUCUUGCA